AUGAAUAAUAAUAAUGCGAAACCUAAUCCAUCAAGAAGUGUUUUUGUUGGUAAUAUACCAUACGCAGCAUCAGAGAGUGAUUUAGUUAAUUUGUUUUCAGAGGUUGGUAGAGUGGUAUCGUUUAGAUUGGUCGAAGACAGAGACAAGAAGAAACCAAGAGGCUAUGGGUUCUGCGAAUACAUGGAUCAAGAGACUGCACUCAAUGCAAUCAGACUACUAAAUAAUCGAGAAUUCAACAAACGUCAACUUAGAGUAUCAUAUGCGGACAAUGACAAGGCAAACGAAUUGGCUUCUGCAAUGGGUAUCGGAUUGGUGUCUCCUGGUAUGGAAGGUAGUGGUGGUGGUGGUGGUGGAAUAGAUCCUCGAACAGGUGGAGGUGGUGUCAUCCCAAUGCAACCUGGUGGUGGUAUGGGUAAUUUCGAUCAACCUCCUCAACAACAACCUCAACAACAAAAAGAUGGAUUCCAACAACUACUAGAAAAUAGCAACUCUCCACAAUUGUUUGAAGCAAUGUCUAAAAUGAAACAACUUGUUCAACAAAGUCCAGAUAAUGCACGACAGGUUCUACUGAGUAAUCCUCAGUUGGCGUUGGCUCUUUUACACGCCCAAGUCGUAUUGGGAAUGGUCAAUCAACAGACCGCACAAAACUUGAUAAACAUGAAUCCAAAGAACCAAGGUCCUCAAGGUCCUCAAGGUCAAGGUCCUCAGGGACAAGGACCAAUGUUUAAUCAACAACAACAACAACAACAGAUGGGUGGUGGACCAAAUCGCGGCGGACCUCCACAAAUGGGUGGACCAAACAUUCCAAAUCAAAUGGGUGGUGGUCCAAAUCAAAUGGGACCAAAUCAAAUGGGCGGUGGUCCACAGAUGGGAAUGGCGGGUGUUGGAGGACCAAAUCAAAUGGGAGGCGGUCCGAAUCAGAUGGGCGGUCCAAUGGGCAACAGAGGGGGACCCCCAAACAUUCCAAAUCAAAUGGGUGGUGGUCCGAAUCAAAUGGGCGGACCAAAUCAAAUGGGUGGUGGUCCUAUGGGCAACAAUGGUCCAAUGGGCAACAACGGACCAAUGGGAAACAACGGACCAAUGGGCAACAAUGGUCCAAUAAUGGGCAACCAAAUGAACCCAAUGCAAGGAAUGCAAGGAGGCAACCCGAUGAAUCCAAUGCAAGGUAUGCAAGGAGGCAAUCCAAUGAACCCUAUGCAAGGUAUGCAAGGUAACCCAAUGAAUCAAAUGGGCAACCAAAUGAAUCCAAUGCAAGGAAUGCCAGGCAACCAAAUGAACCAAAUGCAAAAAUCACAACACAACAACAAAUGA